AUAAAUAAUAUCCUAUUUAAUUACCUAAAUAACUUUUAUAUAGCUUAUCUAAAUAAUAUUUUUAUUUAUUCUAAUAAUAAGUUAGAAUAUAAACUUUAUAUAAAAAAACGCAAAUUUUAUAUUAUAUAUAUGAAAUACCUUGGGUUUAUUAUCUUUAUAAAAAGUAUUAAAGUUAAUCUUAAGAAAGUUAUAAUUAUAAAGAAUUAG